AUGGGUCAAGUGGCUGUCACUGAAACUAAAAACUUGAGUUAUUGUUCCAGCAGUAAUGAAGCAGAACCUGGAUUCAAUCAAAUACUGAAGCACUUCAAUACAACUGUUGAAGACUAUACUGUCAUUUUUACUUCAGGAAGCACAGCUUCAUUCAAACUCAUUGCAGAAGCUUUCCCUUGGAUGCCUGAAACCUUGGAGGAACCUGGCAGCCGAUUUUGCUAUCUUACUGAUAACCAUACAUCUGUGGUGGGCAUGAGAGUGAUCACUACUGCAAAAAAUGUCUUAUUUGUUCCAGUAAAACCAAAGGAUAUGUUAUCAGCAAAUGUUGUGGAGGCUAAAAACAAUAAUUGCACAACACCACAUCUCUUCUGUUAUCCUGCUCAGAGCAAUUUUUCAGGAACCAAAUAUCCACUUGCAUGGAUAGAAGAGAUACAGUGUGGAAAGCGCUGCCCCAUUCAGGUCCAAGGGAAGUGGUUUGUGCUCUUGGAUGCAGCAUCUUACGUUUGCACCUCUCCCUUAGACUUAAGCAUUCAUCAAGCAGACUUUAUUUCUUUAUCAUUCUAUAAGAUAUUUGGAUUCCCCACUGGCCUAGGUGCAUUGCUAGUAAAAAAUGAAAUUGCUUCUUGCUUGAGGAAAACCUAUUUUGGAGGAGGAACUGCUGCUGCCUAUUUGGCAGAAGAGGAUUUUUAUUCACCGAGACAAUCAGUGGCUGAAAGGUUUGAGGAUGGGACAGUUUCAUUUCUUGAUAUCAUUGCGUUGAAGCACGGAUUUGAUGCUUUGGAAAAACUAACAGGUAGGAUUGUGCUUCUCA